AUGGCCUCCAUUUCCCCAAUUCUCGUCUUCUCACUUCUCCUCUCCGCUUACCCCGUCCUCUCCGAUCAAUCCCCCUCGCAUUCGCCUUCUCUACCUCCGCAUCCAUCCUCCGACGAAAUCUCGCCGCCUCCUGCCUCCCUCUCCUCGCCUCCCGCGCCGCCGCCGCCAGAUCUCGGCUCACCAUCGCCUUCUCCCGCACCGAUUGCAGACAGCAAGCCCUAUGCGGCUGAUUUGGACAGCAAGGAAGACUCAACGGGCGGAAUGAGCGGAGGACAGAAAGCCGGCCUGGCAGUCGGAGUGAUCACCGGAGCUUUCGUAGUCGGCGCCGGAGUGGUGGUGUAUAAGAAGCGGCAGCAUAAUAUCCAGCGGUCGCAGUACGGGUACGCCGCCAGGAGAGAGAUUCUGUAG